AUACGAAAUUUAUAAACAUAAAUGUAAAAAUAAACAAUAUCGUAAUUAAAUAAAUAUUUAUUUAAAUCUUCGUUUGAAUUAAUGGAAUCUAUAUGAAAUUAAUAAUCAUUCUCUUCUUUUUCUUUACAAAGCAAGCACAAAUCGUCAUAAUAGAUAGUUUUAUUUAGAUUAUGUUAAUAUCGGUCCAAAUUAUUGUCAUUAGAAGGAGAAUAAUUCUAGUCAAAUUUUAGCUUCACCUACCAAAAGUAAAAAUCACUUUUUCCACUAUGUUAUGGUAAAUAGAUGGGAUUUGCAUGUGGCCGUGGUCAAUCUCAACCUACACAGUUGAAAAGUUAAUAUGGACGGCGGAAGAACUCCAUGUCUGAAAGUCAAUACAAUUUAAACGUGUCUGGCCACCGCCAUUAUGAACUAGUUCGUUGCCUAUUGUCCUUUUAUCAAAUUCAACCUUCUCAGCUCUCAGCAUUAAUAUCUCUAAACGCUAGCUAAACCCUUCCAACUCCCAAAAUUUUAAGCAGGAAAAGUACUCUGCAAUUGGCAAAGAAAACUAACAAUGGUGAUCUUGCCAAAUCCAUGGUCUGUUAAAUUGCAGCCAAGUAAUAGUAGCCCUUUUUCCAUGCCCAGUUUGGUGUCCAUUGGCACAGGUAAACAUGUAUCUCACGUUGCCGUAAUCUCAACGCCGAAGACGUCGUACCAAACCAUAAGCCUUGAUCGGUUCAUCAACAACAACCUUGUUCUUCAAGAAUCGUCUUCAAGGCGAGGACAGCUUUUUGCGGAUAAGACUUUGACAACAACAGAUCUCGGAGAGAAAGAAGGUAAAAGUGGGUAUUCUAGUAAGAUGAAAACCAAGCAAAAAGAUCAUGAAUCAUUGGAGACAGAGAUUGAAAGUAUUAUCUGCAGGCUGAAGGCAGCUGUAGAGAGGGUCAGAGAGUUGGAGACACAGAAGUUAAUGGGAAGGUUUAAGGGAACAACAAUGUCAGAUGAAGAUAGAUUAUUGGUGGAGAAUACGAGUAGAGAAAUCGUAGACACGUUUUUGAAGCGGCCAGUCCAGUAUUUAAAAAGCGUUAAUGGAGAUUUUGAGGAGAAGCUGAAGGACUUGAAUUUGCUAAUCCGUAUGCUUGAAAAUUCAUGCCUCGAUUAUCAAAGGUGAAAAAGGCGAAAACCCAGACCCAGAAGUCAACCGAGCCUUCGCAAAACGUCGGCAUCUCGUCCCCUCGCCUCUUAGCACUAAAGACCUCAGGACUAAUCAUAUUUUGGUGAUUUGGAUAUGAAUGAUCUGCAUUCUAAAGUGAGCUGCGUCAACACGGCCCACCCAAACCAGGAUGCAUGGACUUGGUGGCCCAGACGUGGCCCAGGUUUGGUUUUGAGCAUCCAAAUAACGCUAAAUUGGACUUGGCAUUGGUUGACCCUAACUAACCAGUGCUACUUUGACCAUACCGCCAAGAAAAACGACAAUGUGAAUGAGCCGGGAGCUUAAUGAGAUGUCCUUUUUUAAAUCUCCGAGUACAAUUAUGUGAUGAUGGUGGUGCAACAGACAUCCUAUGAUGGUGGUCCAUCUUCCAUUUUCUAGUUGCCAUUUGUCCCGACAAGAAAUUCGCAUGCCCACUACGUGUCCAUUCCACCACCAAGGACAGUCACUUGACUCACUUCGGUCCUUAAAAUAAUAGUACGCAAAAGGUUUUGAAAUGUAAUGAAUGCCACGUGUCAUUGUUGGUUUCUCUGACACGCGUCAGGAAAUAAGAGAUAGAGAUUUUUUACAUUGAGUCAGAGCCCGAUUGAGAGAUGAGCGUCGUGGGUGGUACGCGCACAAACCAUAUGACCGACAAUCCCAGGUCUCGUCUCCAUCGUACUGAUAUAGGGGACUGAUUCUGGUUAUGGGACUUUCCCUCCUCCUGCCGCAAAACGCGUCUGAUUAAUUUAAUACUCUUUUAACAACUUCUGGUUACGUUUCAAAGUUGAAACUCUCGUUGAACAACGGUCAAUGAAAGUAAUUGUUAGAAAAAAAAAAAAACUCUUUUUUGGAUGAAUGUUUGAAAAUUCUUCAAUGAGAUUUUUUUUUUUUAAGAUUAUAUAUCGGUACAUCCAACCAAAUUAAUUAAUAAAAUUAACUCUUAUAUACGCCAAGUCAACACUCAUUUAUCACUACGUUAAGAAAUCAAUAUGCAAAUUUUUUACCGUUACAAAA